GUGGUCCGGAUGUCUCGUUCAGAAGUGCUGUCUCUCUACAGGAGGGUCCUGCGCAUUGUACGCAGUUGGAAGGCUCAGUCUGCUCUUCCACAGGACACUGACACCGAGCGGAAAUAUAUCGCUCAGGAGGCCCGAACCCUCUUCAGACAGAACCAGCAGAUAACAGAUCCAGAAUCAAUCCAGAGAUGCAUUGAAGAGUGUGAAGCUCGGAUAGAGAUCGGACUGCAUUAUAGGAACCCCUAUCCCAGACCAACGUAUCUUCCACCGAUGGGUCUCGCCACUCAGAAAGGUAGAAAGCUGCGAGCUCAGCAGAGACUGAGGAAACAAGCCAAACCUGUGUACCUACAGUCACAUGACGAGACCUGACACACUAACAGACUUCACUGUCAUCUUAAACUGUGUAGGACAUUGUGUCGAAAAGCAUCAGGGAACAUUAUAAAGUUUGCUGGUUCAUGUUGUUUAUAGCAUAAAACAGAUCAUAGUGCAAUUACCCUCACUGCCAGUGUAAAGCAUGAUGAAUGUUAACGUGAGCUGUUUUGAUUCAUGUUAAAAGGUGUAUUUAUUUUGUUGUCAUAUGCUACAUUGUAUAAAGUUCUCAGGUAAUGUUACAUGCAAAGCGUCUAAGCUGCAUUAGUUUAUUUCUCAUCAUUCAUUAAACUUUUGAGUUUACACUAGAAA